GACUUCGCGCCUUAAAUUGUGCAUACCAUUGGGCGGAGUGUGCUGUUUCCCGCCAGUUGUAGUAGCAUACGCGUCUGCAGUGGAAGGAGUAUCACUUGUUGCUCGUGGAUUGCUCGUUGGAUUGUCGUUGAAACAUGUCAGGCCGUGGCAAAGGAGGUAAAGCUAAGGGCAAAGCCAAAUCUCGCUCUAGCCGAGCUGGAUUGCAAUUUCCAGUAGGCAGAAUUCAUAGGCUGUUGAGGAAGGGAAAUUACGCAGAGAGAGUAGGUGCGGGUGCUCCGGUUUACCUCGGAGCUGUUAUGGAGUACUUGGCAGCUGAAGUUCUUGAGUUGGCUGGUAAUGCCGCCAGAGACAACAAGAAAACAAGAAUAAUUCCAAGGCAUCUGCAGUUGGCAAUUAGAAAUGACGAAGAAUUGAAUAAACUAUUGUCUGGUGUCACAAUUGCACAGGGAGGGGUUUUGCCGAAUAUUCAAGCAGUUCUUUUGCCUAAAAAGACAGGGCAGGCACCAGCAGCAGGAAAAACGGGUAAAUCGUCAAAGACCCAGAGCUCCCAGGAGUACUGAACCUGAUGUUAAUGUUGGUUGUCACAUUUAAAUAAAAUGUACUUCCAUAAAUUUUUGUCUAGUUGUGUGAAAGACCUUCAGUUUGAAAAUUUGUAAAUUACAGCUGAAAAUUUUAAUGUUCAACUUGUGUUCUUGUUUGUUAAUUGUCAUGUUGCAUGUUUUUCCUGUAUUAACUAUCUGAAAUAUGAUUUAACAGAAGAGUUUAUCUUAAUGAAUGAUUAGAUUUGUUCUGUCGUGUACUGUGUAGAUAUUGUGAGAAACUGAUUUAUUCUUUAAAUAAAAUACCAAAACUUAAGC